ACAUUAUAAUUGGCAUAGUGUUUUUUAUAAAAAUUAUGUCGUGUUGCUUAUCUUUCUGCUCUUAUAAAGGUUUAAAAACCAGUACGUUUGGGGUACCAAAGGAAAUUUCCUUAAAAAUUAAAUGGGAGAAAGCUUUAGGUAUUACAUUAGCAGACAAAUCUAGGAUAUGUCAAUACCAUUUUAAAAAGGAAGACAUAUUACAAACAUGGGUAUUAAUAAUAUUGUUGACGAAGAAUGCUGGGAUCUAGAUGAUAUAUUCUUGGAGCAUAAUUAUUCUGAUUCAACAGUCUUUGAUUGUAUUGUAUAUUAUUUAGCUGGAUACAUAGCAAAACGCUUGAUAAGAAAAACAAAAUGUGUACAAUGCAUAAAUGGUUUAAAAAAUUUAAACACAACCAAGUUUGGAACAUUGGCAGAAUUAGUCAUUGCAAAAAGUAGAGGUUAUCUUACUCAUCCAGAUAGUAAUCUCUUCAAUAUAUUGAAGUCACUCGAGCAUUCAUUUAAUAAAUUUGCAGAUGAAUUGAAUGUGUUUGAUAAAACAUGUGAAGAUUUCUUUAAAAAUAAUGUCCACAUUACAUUUCCUUGUGUAGAUCAUCGAACAUCAAUGCUAACUGAUAUUACUGUUUAUUACUUGGUUAUGAGAAUGCGCCAGUAUAGCUACAUUGAAAAUCAAAAUAACAAAAAAUUAAAUAAAACUAAGAAAAAGCUUUCUAAACUAGUGAAUACAUAA